CCUAUGAAGAAUGAAUGUUGUGAGAGUGAAGUGUCUUCCCAACAAAAAUUCAAAAACGACAUGGAAACACAAAAUAUAACGGACAUCGAAGUCGACGGCGACGACACCGAAGACGGUGGAGAAGUUGAAGCUGAUGGCGGCGGAAGCGGCGAAGAUUCUGCUGUAGUUGUCGGAGAGGGAAGCAAAAGGGGCAACAAAGACCGAGUGAAGGGGCCUUGGUCGCCCGAAGAGGACGCAAUAUUAAGCAACCUUGUGAGCAAGUUUGGCGCUAGGAAUUGGAGCUUGAUCGCCCGAGGAAUAUCCGGUCGCUCCGGCAAGUCUUGUCGGCUCAGGUGGUGUAAUCAGCUCGAUCCAGCUGUUAAACGGAAGCCAUUUACUGAUGAGGAAGAUAAAAUUAUAAUUUCAGCUCAUGCUAUCCAUGGAAACAAAUGGGCUGUCAUUGCUAGGCUUCUACCUGGGCGGACAGAUAAUGCUAUUAAGAACCACUGGAAUUCCACUCUAAGGCGUCGGGCCAUGGAACUUGACAGGGUAAAGAAGUUCGAAUCUGGAAAUAUCAUUGAGGAUACCAGCAUGGAUAGGACCAAAGCAUCAUCUGAGGAAACUCUAUCUUGUGGUGAUGUAAAUUCAUUUAAAUCCUUAGAGGGAAAAGAUGUAUGUUCUUUGGAAAUUUUGGAUAAUCAAUGUGAAGACAACACCAUAACAGAGGUUCCAUACAAUCCUGAUCAUGAAUUAAAAGAACAACCUACUCUUUUCCGUCCGCAGGCAUGUGUAAGUGCUUUCAAUGUUUAUAAAGCUGUGGAUGGCCCUGAGAUUGCUUCACCAAAUUCAAGGCAAACCCCAAUGCAAAGACCUCUAGUUCAAGCAUCAUUGCCUGAUGCAGGGAUCUGCAAAUUGAUUGAAGGAGUCUAUGGUGAGAGGAUGGUGCCUCACAUGUGUGGCUUCGGCUGUUCUGGGACACAAUGUGGUGGUAAUGGUCAGAACUCUUUGUUGGGACCUGAAUUUUUGGAAUUCUCAGAGCCUCCAAGCUUUCCAAGUUUUGAAUUGGCUGCCAUAGCCACAGAAAUAAGCAACCUUGCUUGGCUGAAAAGUGGCUUGGAGAAUAGCAAUAUGAGACUGAUGGAUGAUGCAGCAGAUAGGAUAAGAACAAAUGGAUCUCAGGUGCAAAUGGGGCAUUUGGAAGAAAGAAAGAGCAAGUUAACAGGGCAAUAACGUGCCAUGAAAAAUAUUGGUAGGCAACCCUCCUUAGUUUGGCCUUAAUCUAAUUAAUUUAAUUUGAUUUUGUUUUUAUCUUUAACUUGCAUCAUAAUUCUAAACUAAAAUUUUAACCCUAUCAAUCUCUAAAUCUUGUUAUUUUGAGA